CAUCUAUCUUGCUCGUUGCUCUACCGAAAAAAAGGUCAGCCGUGUCCCAUAAAUCGCCGGUACAUCUUAGUAGGAGGUACGUGUGCUGGGAGAGGGUAAUAUAGGACAAUCUUCACACAUUCAUCUGCAUCAUUUCAUUGCCAUCAUGUCGGCCUCUCUUGCUCCAGAAUGCAAUAAUAUCAAGGAAAAGUAUGAUGCUUGCUUCUUGAAGUGGUACAGUGAGAAGUAUCUCCGUGGCAAGACUGCUUCAGAUGACUGCGAAAAGCUCUUCAGCGAGUACAAGAAAUGCCUGACGGGUGCUCUUAAAGAGCGAGGCAUCGACAGCAUGCUGGACGAGGCACGAGGGCUCGGACUCGAGAGCGAUGCCGAGCACCUGAAGCGAUAGCAGUCGUGCCUCGUUUCAAUCUGUUUCUCCCUCGACUGGUGCCCCUAGCUACCAACCAUGUAUGAUAAUGUAAACAAGAGCAGCGCGUUUUGCAGAAACAAAUGGAUCUCCACU